UCAUAACCUGUUGUAAAAUUGGAAUUCAUGUUAAUUUAUUGUCUAUUUCUGUCGUGAAAUAUUUGUAUGUGAUUCGUACUACUUACUUGUUAUUGUGAUCUCGUCGGUCUUAUGUCAGAAGAUCAAGAUCAGCCUAGAAGAACCAGUAGACGAACGCAAGGAAUUCCACCAGCCUACUUAAAAACCUACGCCAUCGAAAUGCCAAUCGAACACUCGCCAGCAAAAGACACAGCAGGUACAAGUAUUCACACAGAGGAUCGUCAAGACGCGAACACCCAAAAUGCCCCUAAGAAACUAUCAAAUCCUCCUGCCAAAACCUCACCAACGAAACUAAGUCGUGAACUAAAGAAGCAAGUGGAUCAACUCCAACGACAAAUGCAAGCCAUGCAAACUGAGUACUUAACCUCAACACAACAAUUGCAAGCCCAACUCACUGCCACUGUGCAACAAAUUCAAAGUUUUUUCACAAAUAAUCAAUCCACUGCAACAACAACACAACAGCAAAGAAACCCACGAAGUUCACCACCGUCCACACAACAGCCACAAAUGUCGACAGCUUCGGAAAUCUCAUACUCACAAAAUUAUUCUAUAGUACCACACAAGAAAAUUUAUCCACUUCCUAUUUUUACAGGUCUUCCAGAGGAAUGGCAAACAUUUUAUGAAGCCUUCGAAACCACCACAACAGAAUUUGGUUACACAAAUUUGCACAACAUAAUGCGCCUUCGAGAAUCGAUCAAAGGCCGUGCUCGAGAAACCGUGGAAUCACUUCUGUCAAAUUCUGCAAACGUAGCCACUAUUUUGGAAAUCCUCAGGGAAACAUAUGGUCGUCCAGAACAACUAGUCAGAAGCCAGAUAGAAAAGGUUCGCGCCAUCCCACCGCUAGCAAACGACAACUUAGAUUCACUCGUCAACUAUGCCACAAAAAUUUCAAAUAUGACGACAUUUCUAAAAAAUAUCAAAGGUGAGCAUCAUUUAUCCAACCCAUCUCUGCUCAGUGAACUCGUCUCAAAACUUCCGACAAAUCGACAAAUGCAAUGGGCCGAAAAAUCUUUAACACUGGAGCGACCAGCCACUAUAGUCGAUUUCUGCGAAUGGCUCUCCAUUUUAAGACGACUCGCCAACAUUGUAAACGACACUCUUCCAAUAGCAUCAACUUCUGCCGGCCGCCGUCAAACGACCUCUACCAACCCUCAAGGACGAAAGUAUGCUUGUGUUGCAGUCAUUCAAAAAUGCCUUAUAUGUGAAGGUGAGUGCCAUAAUAUCAAAGAAUGCCAAUCCUUUUUACAGAUGCCCGUUAACGAUCGUUGGAGCAAAAUACAACAAACAAAGACGUGUUUUUGUUGCCUUAAACGGGGCCAUCGUAUUAAAUUUUGUACACAGAAAAGAAAAUGUGGCAUAAACAAUUGUCCAAAACUUCACCACCGAUUGCUACACAACACACAACCGCACAUCAAUACAACAACUUCAUUAUCAACACAACAAACGUCAACCUCAUCUAUGGAAACACGGAACGAAAGCCAAAAUAUACCCGAAGCACCACAAGCCGAUGCCAGAAUUUGCCAUGCAACAAACGAAGCCAACAAUAUAUUAUUUCAAAUAUUGCCCGUAAAACUGUAUGGGACCACUAAAACCUUAACAACAUAUGCCUUCGUGGACGACGGCGCAAACGUGUCAAUGCUGGACGAAAACCUAUCCCGAGAACUUGGCUUACGCGGCAAACCCGAAAUCCUGCAACUCCAAUGGCUCAACGAUCAUCAAAUAUCUCGAAAAACCGAAAAAAUUAAUUUAACCGUAAGUGGAGUUGGUCAUUGUGAAGAAAAAUUUACAAUUUCUAAUGUUUACAUUUCGCCUGAACUGUCAUUGCCGAUCCAGAGCUGCCACAUAUCACAUUUCUUGAAAUCCCGUGGAUUGGAAAAAAUACCCGCAAAAGACUAUUCACAUGUUCAGCCAAAAUUGAUUUUAAGUUUAAAUCAUUCCUUUUUAACAGUGCCAUUGCAGGUUCCACGUAUGCUAGCAGAUGGUGGUCCAUUCAUAUCCAUGACAAGGUUGGGAGCAAUAAUAUAUGGUCCCUUUCCAGGAGAGAAAAUCUCAACAACAAAGCGUUUACAUAUCCAGAGAAGAGUGGAUGACCAUGAAAACCAGUUGUUGCAGGAAAUGCAUGACAUGAUGAGGGGCUAUUUCGACAUAGAAACACUAGGUGUGAAAAAAGUUCAUGAACGGUACGAGUGUUCAUUGCUAUGGAAGGAGUACGUGCCACCAAUACCAGAUUCAUAUGCGACAGCAUUAAAACGUCUAUAUUCAAUUGAAAGAAAAAUGGCAAAAGAUCGUGAGUACGCCACACAAUAUUGUGACAAAAUUAAUGAUUAUAUCAAAAAAGGCUACGCAAGAAAAUUAUCUCAGGAAGAAAUUGAAAAUGCUAGCGAACGAAUUUUUUACUUGCCACAUUUUGGUGUAAAAAAUCCAAAUAAGAAAGGCAUUCGCCUUGUGUUUGAUGCGGCAGCCGAAACUAAUCAAUUUUCUUUAAAUAAAGCUCUAUUACAGGGGCCUGACAUAAACAACUCAUUAAUUUCGAUUCUUUUCAAAUUUAGAGAAGCUCCUGUUGCAGUCUGUGGAGACAUCCAAGAAAUGUUCCACCAAAUUGCCAUCACCAAAGAAGACCAACAUAGCCAAAGAUUUUUAUGGAGAGACGGGAUGGACAAUAAACCGGUGGAAACAUAUGUGAUGCAGAGGUUGAUUUUUGGUGCCACCUGUUCCCCCACAAUAGCACAGUACAUCAAAAAUGUUAACGCAAAAAAUUUUAUAGAAGAGGCACCGAGAGCUGUCCAUGGAAUAGUGGAGCGUCAUUAUGUGGAUGAUUACGUUGAUUGCUUCCAGUCAGAAGAGGAAGCAAUUCAGGUUUUAAAGGACGUAAUUCGAAUUCAUAAAGUCGGCGGUUUUAAUCUGCGUAAUAUUUCAUCCAACUCGGCAACGAUUAAAAACAUGUAUGGCAACCCUGUAAUUGAAAGUAACCAUAGUGAUGAGUUUCUCAGCAGUAACCAGACCGAACGGGUACUUGGCAUUCACUGGCUGUCACAACCAGAUAUUUUUCAUUUUCUAUUAAAAUUGCACAAAGUGGACGGCGAAAUAGUAAAUUGCAACAAAAUUCCAACCAAACGUGAAAUGUUGUCGUUAAACAUGUCGAUAUACGACCCGUUUGGUUUUAUAGCGGAUUUCCUGAUUACGUCGAAGGUAUUAAUGCAGCGUGUGUGGAAAAGUGGUACAAAAUGGGAUGAGGUACUGCCGCCGGAUAUCUAUAGCCAUUGGAAGACCUGGUUGGAAGAAUUGCAGAAAAUUUUGGAAUUUUCUGUGCCUCGUUGUUACUCAGGAGCUUUCGAAAAGAGUUUGGUGGACAUGCAUAUCUUCGUGGACGCAAGUGAAGAGGCGAUGGCUGUUGUGGCGUACUGGCGGAUGGUAAACAGUGAGUUUGUUGAGGUUGCAUUCAUAAUGGGAAAGACGAGUUGUGCUCCUACCCGCUAUCAUACUAUACCAAAGCUUGAAUUGCAAGCGGCGGUAAUGGGCGUGAGAUUGAAGGAGCUUAUUAUGCAAAACCAUUUGAAAAAUAUUAAUAAAUGUUAUUUUUGGACAGAUUCAUCUACAGUUUUGCAGUGGAUUCGAUCGGAUCAUCGUAAGUACAAGCAGUACGUGGCCAACAGGGUGGCGGAAGUUUUAGAAAAUAGCUGUGCAAAGGAUUGGCGAUGGUGUCCAGGUGUUGAAAAUCCUGCGGAUGAUGCCACAAGGGCAAAGUAUUCAAAAAACUACAACGCGGACGGACGGUGGAAGAAUGGGCCAAAAUUUCUUUUGUUAGACGAGUCUAAAUGGCCUAAGGUGGCGGAGAUGGGCGAAAAGAUAGAUCGCAGCGCAACAGAACUACGGGCAAAAUAUAGAAUCCUUGUUACUCAUCAGGUAUGUGCUGUCGUACCAAAUUUUAAUCGAUUUUCAAAAUAUCGCAGGCUAAAGCGGGCGAUGGCAUGGAUACACCGCUAUAUAAAAAAUUUGAGGCGGUGUGUUAGAGGCGAAACUUGUAUGGUGGGUGAGCUGGACGUCGAGGAAGAGGUAAAGGCCGAAUUGUACUUGUGUCGCUACGUUCAACAACAGUAUCUUGCUGACGAACUAGAAGAUUUGCGGAAAAAUGGUCAUGUGUCUCAAAACAGCAGCAUAAAAAUGUUAAAUCCGUAUGUUGAUGAUGAAAACAUUCUGCGUGUGUCUGGCCGUUUAGAAAAUGCAAAAUUUUUGUCAUUGGAAGCACGUCGUCCAAUAAUUUUGCCAAAAGGCAGCCCGUUUACUCGACUUGUCGUGCAGUCAUACCAUCAAAAAUUUUUACACAUUAACAUGGCGACGGCGUUAAGUGAAAUCCGAUUGCGCUUUUGGGUACCUUCUCUACGCCAAUUGCUUAAGAGCGUUCAAUCAGCAUGCCAGGCUUGCAAAAUUCGUGCUGCUAAACCAAAUCAACCACAGAUGGCCCCUCUGCCAGUAGAACGAGUCACCCCGUAUGUACGAGCCUUCACCUACACUGGUUUGGACUAUUUUGGACCGGUGAGUGUUGCUAUAGGACGAAGGCGUGAAAAGAGGUGGGUAGCCCUGUUCACCUGCCUUACAAUCCGCGCCGUGCACCUGGAAAUUGCAGCUGAUCUAUCGAGCGAUGCCUGCCUCCUUUGUAUCCGAAAUUUUGUCAACAGAAGAGGGGUCCCAGUACUCAUCCGCAGCGACAACGGGACGAAUUUCGUUGGAAUACCAAAGGAGCUGCAAGGUGUAAGUAACUUUGUUAACAAUGACUCUCUCGCUUCAGGUGUAACAGCACUAGGCAUAAAAUGGCUUUUCAACACUCCGUCCAAUCCCAGUGAAGGUGGUGUUUGGGAAAGGCUCGUACAGUCGGUCAAAAAGGCGCUCUACAUUAUGCUGAAGGAGCAGGCACCCAGGCUGGCAACAUUGCAGGCCUUCUUAAUCGAAACGGAAAAUAUGGUAAAUUCAAGGCCUUUGACCCAUCUUCCGAUAAGCCCAGAUGAUCCUGAGCCUUUGACGCCUAACCAUUUUUUACUUGGCUGCACAAAUUCUACACAAACUCCAGCCCCCUUUGAGCCCAGGUUGUUAUGCCUAAGAAAGCAGUGGCGUGUACUCCAAUGUUUAAAGAAUGGCAUGUGGCGCCAAUGGAUCCGUGAGUACUUGCCCGAAUUGACUCGUCGAACAAAGUGGUGCCUUCCAUCCCAACCUCUUGAAGUCGGCUGCUUGGUUUUUAUAUGCGAUGUGGAGGCUCCAAGGUCCCAUUGGAAACGUGGUCGCGUUAUUGAACUUCACAAAGGCAAAGAUGGCGUAGCUCGGUCUGCUGAUGUGAGGACCAGCACUGGUAUUUUGCGAAGGCCUUUAUCAAAACUGGCGGUGCUGGAUGUCAAGCUUGGCGUUGGUAUUGGAAGUGAAUCUUCACCCGGUGGUUCAGUUCACGGAGGCGGGGAUGUUGGAGAUGGUAACCCUAGCUUUGGCAACGCAAAUCAAAUGUCAUCCAACCCCAGAAUAUCCCAAGCUGAGAGAAGGACAACAACAUGAUCCUUCUAUUUACAAUAUUGAUUUAAAAUUGUUUAUGUAUUAGAAAGAAGAUUGUAUUUUUGUAGCACUUAAAGAGCAUAUAAAUAGGCCCAUAAGGCAAAACAAUCUUCCCUUUUUUGCUCAUAACCGAAAACAAUAAGUAAGACUGAUCCUAUUUUCCUAUUUCCUAUUUUGUUAAAUUUUAUAUCUUUAAGUUGUUCACUUAAAUUUGCAUAAUUUUACUGUGAUUUAUUCCUCUAAUACAAGUGUAUAUUUGUGCCUUUUUUAUAGUGAAUAAACCAUCUUAAACUACACUAAGCCAAACCAUAUCAUCAUUGUACACACACACUCACUCAUACCUACCAUUUCUAUAGUGCCAAAUAAAUAAAAGGAAUGGAUGCAAGAAAUAUUAAAGCAAA